AUGGAGAAGCCUGGUGUCUCCACAAAGCUGGUGAAAGCUGCAGUGGCUGCCCUGCUCAUUGGAGCUGUCCUGUGCACCGCUGAGCAGCACCCCGACCGCGGUCAGGGCAGCCUGCUGGGACAUUCCCAGCAGGAGAAAUCCCUGAUCCUCCUCAGGACCUUUGCAGCAGCAGCAGCUUCAUCUCAUCCCAGGCCGAAGCGGAGCACGGAUGGGUGCUCACCUGAGCUCGUCAUCACCACCACCAGCAUCGCCAUGGACCCCAUCUCGGUGCUGACUUACAGCCCUGAGGAGUUCAACCUGUGCCUGAGCAACGACGUCUUAAUGGAAAACCUGGAGGCUCUGCUGAACCUGCCGUUACCUGUGACGUUCUACGAGGUCAUGAAAGAGAAAGUGGACCAGGUUUACCCGUGGGGGAUCCCGGAGGAGCAGCUGAGGCGCCUGGGACAGCUGGCCCGGCGGUACUCGGAGGAGGAGAUCAGCCGCUGGUCAGUGACCUCCAGUGCCACACUGGCAGCCCUGCUCGACCCCUCGGGAGGGAACUGGAGUGAUUCCCAGGUGCAGCAGCUGGUCAGCAGGUACCUGACCCUGGGGGGCACCCUGACGGGGCCCUUGCUCCAGGACAUCGGGGGCAGGUGCCUGUGCCUUCUGCGGGAGGAGCAGAUGGAGCAAAUACCCGCCGAAGCAAUCGGGACUGCUGGACAGUUAAAGAUCUCUGCGUGCUCCCAAAGCAAGAAGGAGCUUCUCUACAGGAAGGCCCGGGAGGCCUUUGCCAGCCUGGCUGGCACCCCCAGCCUGUAUUACUGUCGGCUCCAGCCCUACCUGGGUGGAGCUCCAGCAGAGGACCUGAAAUACUUGGCUAAUGCUGGCAAGACCAUAGACAUGGAUAUGGACACCUUCCUGUCCCUAAAUCCCAAGGAACUGCAGAAACUCAGUGUCACGGACGUGAAAAAUUUGCUUGGGAAAAACCUCUGGAAGCUGAAGGAAGCUGAGAACGAGCCCUUGGUGAUGGGCUGGGUGCAGAGACAGUCCCAGCGGGAACUGGACCGAGUCCUGGGAAUUGGCCUGCAGGGGGGGAUGGAGGAACCCACGGGGACAAUCACCCCUGCUCCCCCCACCACCACAGCCAUCAAGCACAGUCCCCACCAGACCCCCACCCCGAGUGCUCUCAGCCCAACCUCCCCAAACAACACUAACCCCCCCACUGGGAGUCCCCCUGCCACCUCCACUGCCACCUUCACUGCCACCUCCACUGCCACCUUCACUGCCACCUCCACUGCCACCUCCACUGCCACCUCCACUGCCACCUCCACUGCCCCCUCCACUGCCCCUCCCGCUCUGAGCACCACCUCCAUCGCCCCGUGCUCCACCCACCAGUCUCCCACCACAAAUACAUCCACCCCGUCCCCUGUCCCGCUCCUCCCCACCACCCUGGCCCCUGUCAACCCCAACACCACCUCUCCCAGCUCUGUCCCAGUCUCUGCUGUCACCUCCAGGGCCACCACCAGCACCGGUGUUGGUCCUGACCCGGCUGGUACCUCCCACAGCACCAGCUCCCCACUGGUGCCCGUGAGCACCCCAGCACCUGGGGGGACCACCCACCCUGCUCCUGCCACCCCCAGCACUGCCAUCCCCUGCUCCCAGCACUCCUCCACAAACCCCCCUCCCCACAAGCCCACCCCACCUCCCAACUCCACCCUCUCCACCCAAAAGAGCAUCAUCUCCUCCACCCCUGAGGCCACCACAGUGCCCUGCCAGAGCAGUGCCCCUCCGGAGUUCCCCAGCCCUUCCUCCACCACCACCAGCGGUGAGGCCACCAAACCAACACCCGGGGCUGUGCCGGAGUCACCACAACCAACGUCCAACGGAUACAUCAACCUGCAGCCUGCGCCUGAGCCUGAUUCAGGACCCAGCCUGUGCUCCUGCCUCGGCCACGUGCUGGCUGUCACCGUGGGGACCUUGCUGCUGCAGGGGCUGCUCUGA